AUCAUUUAAUAAUACAAAAUAUAAUAUUAUGCUUUAUAAAUUACUGUUUACAUUUUUUUUGUUAAAAUUUUGUAGUACUAAGUAGUAUUAGAACCAUAAUUAGUACAGUUUCGUUUUAAAUUUCUUCUCACAAUAAUAAUUAUACGUUAAAUUUAUUGAAAAGUAGUCUGUUAAAAAAACCCACAAAAUGUUAAGUCGUGUAACCAGCCGUUUUUCGUUAUUUUGCAAUAGUAAACCGCCAUCAAGUUUUAACAACCUUCAAAAAUGCGUUGCAUUAUUAACGUUAAAGACGGAUUUUAGCACAUCGUCUAAUAUGUUAGAAAAAAAAGAUGGACCUCAAAAAUGGUUACACUAUAAUGACGUUGUUUAUCCACCACAGGAACCCGGAGAAGAAAGACGGCCAUCUGUAUGUUAUUUUUCAACCAAUUAUUGUACAGUUUUGUAACAAAAGUACUUUGUUUGAUGUUACAGUUUGUAUGCCAUCAAAUGUUAAAUAUCAAAUAUAGUCCCAAAAAAAUGUGGUAUGUUGCUUGUUUUGUUCGUGGCAUGUCUGUUGAUGAAGCUCUUAAACAAUUACCAUUGGUCGGGCGUAAAGGUGCAAUGAUAGUACAAGAGGCUAUUAUAGAAGCACAAAAGAAGGCCGUUGAAGAUCAUCAUGUGGAAUUUAAAACAAAUUUAUGGAUUGGUAACUAAUGAUUUUCCAUUCUGAUUAAUUUUUACUAAAAAGUAACAACUAUAGUGAAAAACCUAAUUAAAAAAAAAAACAACAGAUGACAUAAUUUAUAAAAGUUAGGUGUUUUAAAUAGUUUUCCAAAAAGUAUUAAUGUCUAUAAUAAUUAUAGUAUAUAUUAUCUUCAUUGGAUUAAUUUAUAUUAAUUAUAUUAAUAGCUGAAUCAUUUUGCGGUAAGGGACCUGUAGUCAAAGGUAUGCGUAGACACGCUAAAAUGCGAAUAGGAGAAGUCAUGUAUCGAUACUGCCAUUAUUUUAUACGAUUAGAAGAGGGUGCACCUCCAGAAAAUUAUUAUUAUAGCUGGCCCAAAACAGGCCCCGCUCUGUUGUCUCAAUGGGUCGAUGAAGUUCGAGACCGUAAAAUUAUUGGAUCAUUGUAGAAUGUUACUAUUCAUUUAGAAAAUAAUUAUACUAGUGGUAAGAAAUGUACAUUUAUAUAUACUUAUUGAAAUGUAAUAAAUACAAAUAUGUUGUAUGACUUA